GUUGACAUUCUGUCCGCCUGUUGGAAUGAAACCGAUCCGCGUGUCCACGUGUUUUGUUAAUUUACAUAUCAUUUUAAUAUGUAAGCUCGUCUCCCCUAUCAGCCGAGGCUUGCGCCCAACGCAAACUCUAUUUGUCAGACUCUGCUCUGGAUGCACAAAUCGGAAAGCCCUGCGUUUUUGCACCCGCCCUCUUAGACACGUUGCCUUGGGAGAAGUAACACGGGGCCACACAACUGCAGGUCUACAUCACUGAAACCACGUACACCUCUCAACAGAGGCUCGAUCGGGCGCUCCAGUUGUCUUUGGAUAUACUGCUGAAACAAAGGACAGUGCGACCAUUCGUCCCAUCCGGCUUGAGGUCAGUGAUGGUCCGUGCUGGUUAGACCCUGCUUCCUAAGAUGUCAGCUUCAGAUUCGGACUAUUCCAUUGACUGGCUGGCCAGUGACGAUGAGGACAACGAUAGUGAGUUAGAACCAGACUGUACCAAAGUGCAGGGACAAACCACCUUGCCAAAAUCCCCCUCCUCGGGGGUCAUCCAGGGGGCCCAGACUUGCCAGUCGCUCUCAAAGAGGAAUGGAGAUAAAGGGGAGGUAAUGGACAAAGAGAACAUGAGCUCUCGGGGAAGUUCUCCUUCCAGCUGCGAUAGUUCCGACUACAGCGAGAACGGUGGCCAUUGUCACCUGGGACAAGAGGCUCGGACCAAUUACAGCCGAUGCCCCGAGAGCCCUGUAGGCAAAAAGAGGCAGGUGCUGAAGAGAACACGGAGCUCCAUGGUGCCAGAGCAAAGGGAGAGGCAGCUCACACCUGAACAAAUGGAGAAAGACAGGCUGUUCGCAUGCAAGUGCUUGGAGCUGCAGUGUUACAUUCACCCACUGUCCUCAAUCCUUAAUGGCCUCCGCUCAGGCAGAUACCGAGAACGCCUCAGCACUUUUCAAGAGAGUGUGGCCAUGGACCGCAUCCAGAGGAUAAUGGGGGUCCUGCAGAAUCCCUGCAUGGGAGAAAGAUACGUCAACAUCAUUCUGAAAAUGGAGGAAAUGUUGAAGAACUGGUUCCCUCACAUAAAACCUCAACGAAGCGACCAAGCCAACACUGCAGCGCUGAUGGAGGAGACGACCCUGUCUAAGAAACCCAAGUUGUCUCCAGCUACAUCUCCCCUGCUCACUGGCAUUGCAAACCCUGCCACCACAAGUGCCCUUUCCAUGGGUAACAAGGCAAUGAGAGUCAGCGACCUCACUCCCCCAGGGCCCUACUCUGCAACCAACCUAAAAUGGCUCCAUACAUCACCCAUCUGCUCCCCGACGGCCGAACAGGCUCAGGGGACCGUUCGGAACUUUCUGACAGCCCACAGGGACAGGGACGCAACACAGGACAACUCAGUGUCCUCCAGCACAGACCGUCUGUGCAAGACAGAGUCUGCUCCCAGUCGACCACCUCCGGCCAAGAUUAACGCGCCAUGCCUUGAGAGACUUCUUAAAUCCACAGAGAGUAUCAUCACUCAGAAAGGCCCAGCGAGCUUGGGUGGCAUGGCAGCCGGUGGAUGGUCCUAGUCCUUCGAAAAGGCUCUGGGAGAUCAGAGCCUAGCUAGAGCGUGACUGCCCCCAGCUGGUCUGGAGUCACCAGACUCCAGCGCAAUCCCUGCCUCCAUUCUAGCCUUGCGGAGAGGCACAGAACGCAGCAGAGGGAGUUCAGCACAGCCCAACAAACCAGCGACACGUUCGGUUACGGACUGAAAAAGUGUCGGCGUGUGAUCUCUGUGCGUGUACGUCUGCAUCUAUUCCCUUUCUGUUGGACUGCAGAGUGAGUUGUAGCAGUGUGUGUGUGUGCGUGCGUGUGUGAGUUGGGGGGGUUUAGGAAGGUUUUGUGAUCUUGGCUCACCUUCGUACUUUACCUUUUGAGAUGGUUUCCUCUUGAAACAAAGAAAGAGGAAAGAUCUCCUGUGGCGGCAGCAUCCGAUGAGGCAGCAUAUUGGUAUCUGUGAAAAAGCUAAUCUCUAGACAAAACAAAGCAGCCUUUUUUCCAGAAAGGGAAGGGAAAAGAGGGAGGAAUUUAUUCUGGGAACACUUCAGAUAUUCCAGUGUGUUAGUGAUCUCUAUAGUAGGUGUGGUUGAAUGUGAAUUUAUUGCUUUAGUUUGCUCUUUGAAUCCACUCUCUAGAGUUGAUUUGAUGUGACUGUUACUUCAUAGGUUUAAACUUCUAGCUACGUUUUUUGGUACAACGGUUCUACCUCAAUCUGACACCGUGUCUCCGGUAGUGUAUGGAUACAAUAAGUACGUACACGCACUCAGAGCGAGGAAACUUCAUAAAACGCAUCAAUACAGUGAGCGAAACACACCGAACUAACACGGGAGUCUCACUUCACAAGACAAAGCUCUGGAGGCUCGACUGGUGCCAUUGUAAAGAAUGUGAACUGCAAAUUUUCGCUUUUUUUUUUUUUUUUUUUUUUUUGUUAGCAUCCCAGUUCAAGGGCAUAUAGUGCCUGUCAAUUCGAUGUCAAACUGUGCCUCUUCACUGGUUUUGAAGGGAGAGCGUGAACUAUCCAGAAUACCUGACGCCUCUGAAGGAUGUACAAAAAGAAAAUCAGGAACCUUCAAAACUCCUGCCAUUCAUUUUCUGCUAUCAACAAGUAAAUUAUUUGAAACUCUUGCCAACUACUUCCUGUGGUCAUGUGACACAAUGACAUUUCGGUUUGCCACAGAGCUGGACAAUAUCUAAGAGGGAAAAGGUAUUAACUGUGUACAUAUUUGGAAAAGUUGUUAAUUUACCCUUGCAAAGUGGCCUUUAUAGUGUAAUAUUUUAUACUUUCAGAAAUAAAUGUGGUUAUAUUUGUUUGCUGUA